AUGGCGAAAAACAGUAAGCCUAAGCAACACGCGCGCCGGCAUUCCGAGGCCAGCAAUGCACCUUCGGAGCCCUCCAGCCCCAACAAAAUGGAGAAGCCGGCCGAACCAACCCAGAAGGAAUCCGCGCAAGCCGCUUACGAGAAGAAAAAACAGACCUUCAUUACCCGGACAAUAUGGACUUUCGUGAUGAUUGCUGGUUUCUUCGUUGCCUUGUUCUCCGGUCACAUCUACAUCAUUGGCUUGAUCACUGCCAUUCAGCUCGUCUCAUUCAAGGAAGUCAUCUCUAUCGCUAACAAGGAAAAGAAGAAGCACGAAGGCAAAAAGGAGCCAAACCUUCGUUUUACCAAGUCACUCAGCUGGUAUUUCCUCGCGACAACCAUGUAUUUCUUGUACGGAGAGAGCGUGAUCUACUACUUCAAGCAUAUCCUGCUGGUUGACAAACUCCUUCUGCCGCUUGCGAACCACCAUCGCUUCAUCAGCUUCACUCUAUAUGUUCUAGGAUUUGUGAUAUUCGUCGGCUCCCUGCGAAAAGAUACCUACAAAUUGCAAUUCCAGCACUUUGCUUGGACUCAUAUGGCAUUGUACCUGAUCGUUGUUCAAGCUCACUUCGUUAUGAACAACAUCUUCGAGGGCAUGAUUUGGUUCUUCCUUCCAGCGGCGCUGGUGAUCACCAAUGAUAUCUUUGCUUAUGUCUGUGGUAUCACCUUUGGACGCACCCAGUUGAUUCAGUUAUCCCCAAAGAAGACUGUUGAAGGCUUCCUUGGCGCUUGGAUCUGCACUAUCAUUUUCGGCUUUUUCAUUACCAACCUCUUGAUUCGGUCCAAAUAUUUCAUUUGCCCUGUCAAUGAUCUGGGCGCAAACCUGUUGACCGGUUUGGAGUGCAUUCCAAACCCCGCCUUUGUCCCGCAGCCUUACUCCCUUGAAAUCUUCGGUCUGGAUAAAGUUUUCUGGGUUGAACCAAUGCAGUUCCACGUUUUGGGAUUCGCUUCUUUCGCCUCUUUGAUUGCUCCAUUCGGUGGUUUCUUUGCCUCGGGUCUGAAGCGCUCUUUUGGCAUCAAGGACUUUGGCGAGUCGAUUCCCGGUCAUGGUGGUAUCACUGAUCGUUUUGACUGCCAGUUCAUUAUGGGUUUCUUUGCCUAUAUGUACUACCACAGCUUCAUUGCUGUCUACAAGGCAAAUGUUGGUGAUAUCAUCGAGACCGCUAUCAAUGGCCUGACGGUCGAUGACCAACUCGAGGUUGUGCGCGGCCUUAGCAAGUACCUCUUUAACCAAGGCGUUGUCUCCGAAUCGAUUCUGGAAUGCCUUACCAGCGAGCUUAAGCGCUGA